AUGGGAAAGAACAGGGCAACGACUCAUGCAUUCAAGAUGUCCAUAACAAACACCACAAUCAUUAACCGUUGUCCUGCUAUAUCCGACGAUUGGUAUUUGGAUCUGAAAAGCUUUGAAAGCAUAACUGCUGAUGAAGGACUUAAUGACAAUAUCUUAAUUGAUGUUCUUGGUCAAGUCGUUUACAUUGGUGCUAUGAUAACUCAUGAUAUCAAUGGGAAAAUAUGCAAGAGGCUGGAAGUUGUUCUCAGAGACACAAGUGACAAUUGGUUGUCGUGUACUCUAUGGGGAAGAUUUGCUGAUACCAUGUGGGCAGCUUUUGAACAAGCUGAGGAAAGAAUGGUUACUUGCUUGCUUCGUCUUGCGAAGAUCAAUACGUUCAAUGGUCAGAGAUCCAUAUCUAAUGCAUUUGAUAUGUCAUUGCUAAUCAUCAAUGCUGACUAUCCUGUUGUGCAAGAUUUCGUGUCCAGGUUGCCUAAAGAUGAAGUAAGAAUCACUGUUAUUCAACCAAAAACAGUUGAACCAAAAACUGAUAAGAAAGUGGACUACUUUAAUCGUUUCGAAAGGAAGACCAUUUCUGAGCUACUUGAAACUUCAAUGGAAGGGAAGUUUAAGAUAACUGCUGCAAUUUUCAAUAUCGACAUGGAUUAUGGUUGGUAUUACUUCACUUGUGUCAAGUGUGACAAAACUGUCAUGUUGGUUCCCAAGAAAGAGAACGACCCUAAAACAAAGAUCAAGAAACGCCUGUUUAGGUGUAAAGUGUGUAAUGAGAACACAACUAAUGUGCAGCCUAGGUACAAGUUGAUUCUCUCUGUUAUGGAUCACAAUGCUGAAACCAAGCUAAUGUUGUUCGACAAUAAUGCUCAACUUAUCGUGAAUCAAACUGUGGGAGAGAUCUUGGCAGAGCCUAAUGAUGGAGAAGUUAUGAUUGAUAUUCCUGAUGAGUUUCUAAUAACUGAUGCUAAUGAUCCUAUUGAAGUAAUUAGCAGAGAGGUUUAUGGGGAUCCUAAAGCUUUAAAGGAUGAAAAAGAUCCAAAAUUUUAUCAAGAGAGGGCUAUUUUGUAUACAACCAAUGAAGAUGUAGGCAUUAUCAAUGAAUAUAUGCUCGACCAACUAGAAGGUGAAGAACGAAUUUAUCUCAGCUCAGAUUCUAUAGAUCCAUCCAAUCUUCGCUCAACAACCAAUCCUGUGUUGACCCCGAAGUUCUUAAACAAUAUUAAGGUUUCUAGAAUUCCAAAUCAUAGAAUCAGGUUGAAAGUAGGAUGCCCUAUUAUGCUACUUAGAAACAUAGAUGCAAGAGGUGGCCUAAUGAAUGGUACGAGGUUACAGAUUAAACAAAUGACAGAGUUUGUAUUGGAAGCUAUUAUUAUCACAGGUGAUAGAGUUGGAGAUAAAGUCUUGAUUCUGCGGAUACUGCUAACACUGUCAGACACCAAGCUUCCUUUUCAGAUGCGGAGAAGACAACUCCCAUUAGCUGUUGCUUUUGCCAUGACCAUAAAUAAAAGUCAGGGACAAUCUCUCGGCAACGUUGGUAUUUAUUUAUCCAGACCAUGUUUCUCUCAUGGGCAGUUGUAUGUUGCUAUCUCUAGAGUUACUUCUAAGAAAGGAUUAAAGAUCCUUAUUGUUGACAAAGAUGGGAAACCGCAGAAGAGGACAAUGAAUGUAGUAUUCAAAGAAGUUUUCAAAAACCUGUAG